AUGGCAUUAGCAUUUAGUGAUGAUUCAGACGAAAUUGCACCUAUAUCACGUCCAUUUGGUGUUGCACUUUUAUUUGCUGAUUGGGAUGAAAAUGGCCCACAUUUAUUUCAUCUUGAUCCAUCAGGUACAUAUACAGAAUAUGAUGCUAAAGCUAUUGGAUCUGGUAGUGAAGGUGCUGAUCAAACACUUCAAGAUAUUUAUCAUAAAUCAAUGAAAUUAUCUGAAGCAUGUAAACAUGUUUUAACUAUACUUAAACAAGUUAUGGAAGAAAAAUUAAAUGCAACAAAUGUUGAGAUGGCAACAGUAGAUAUUAAUGGAUAUCGUUUAUUUAAAAAAGAAGAAAUUGAUAAUAUUAUUAAAAAUAUGUAA